UUUUUCAUUUUUAUCAUUAUUAUAUAUUUCGAUGUAUUAUCGUAUCGCAUCCAUACGCAAACAUUGUGCAUGAUUCACAUUGGACUUUAAAUAUGCUUUUUAAUUCUUUGUUAUAAUAUUUAUCAGUAUUUUUAAUAAUUUAAAUUAUCAUAUUAAAAAAAACUUCUGCUCAUUAAAAUUAAAAUAGUUAAAAAUAUUAAUUAUAUCAAGAUGAUUUACAUGAUAUAUGAUAUCAUUGUGAUAGCAGCCGACACAAUUAUGUGUACAGUACAGAGUGUCGUUAGGAAUAGGGAACAUAGUAAAGUUAUUUUAGCGUCAGUCUUUAACCGCGACUUGUCGUGAAUCAAGCUUUCAACCGUUUUCACGGGUUUUUUAAUUUUUUAUCAGUGACGCUUUUAUAAGCAAAUAAUUAUCAAACAUGCUUACAAAAUCGGGAUUGAAGACAAAACAAAGCAACAAUGGAAUGGAUGAUAUCUCAUUAUCAUUAUUAAAUUCCAAAAAAAUGGCCUCUAUUAACAUCGAAUUUAAUGACUUAACUUAUACAAUACCUUAUGGUAGAAAAGGUAAAAAAGUGAUAUUAAAAGGAAUUAGUGGACAAUUCAAAUCUGGACAUUUAACGGCAAUAUUGGGUCCUUCAGGGGCCGGAAAAUCCACCUUAUUAAAUAUCCUUGCGGGAUACAAAGCAAUUGGCCGCGUAACAGGACAAAUAAAUAUCAAUGGACAAAAGCAAGACGUGGAACACUUUAAAAAAGCGUCAUGUUAUAUCAUGCAAGAAGAUCUUCUUCAACCAUGGCUCACGGUACAAGAGACAAUGCAAUUUGCUGCGGACUUGAAACUUGACAAGAAUAUUUCUCAAAAAAUGAAAUUAAAUAUUAUAGAAGAAAUUUUAAAUAUUUUACGGUUACAUCAUGCAAGGCACACAAGUACCGAGCGUCUAUCGGGUGGCGAGAAAAAAAGACUCUCGAUAGCUUUAGAACUCAUAAACAAUCCACCAGUUAUAUUUCUCGACGAACCAACUACAGGAUUAGAUCAAACAUCUGCCACGCAGUGUAUCGAACUUUUAAAAUCUUUAGUACGAUUAGGAAGAACUGUAAUUUGUUCCCUUCAUACUCCAAGUGCAAAUAUCUUCUCGAAAUUCGAUCAUGUUUACGUUUUAAGUGCCAAUGGCCAAUGUGUUUAUAGAAGUACUACGCGCAACUUGGUACCAUUUAUGCGACAGAUUGGUAUCGAAUGUCCGCAGCAGUACAAUCCUGCCGAUUUUGUAUCAGAAGUGUCAGCGGGUGAUUAUGGUUCGGAAUGGAUAAAUCGAAUGGUGAAUGCCGUAAACACAGAAUUUCCUAUUACUCCUAUCUCUCAACAAACGAGUUUCGAAUUUCAAAUCAAUACGACAAUAUCGAAAGUGUCUUGGUUUGAACAAUUUGUUAUUCUAUCGAAAAGAAGGUUUUUACAGUUACGUAGAAAUAAGGAUUAUAUGUAUUUAAAAAUAUGUUUACACAUAUUCGUUGGCUUCAUUAUCGGCGGUUUAUUUGUAAAUAUUGGAAACGACGGAUCGAAAAUCAUAUAUAAUAUUGGUUUCUGUUUAACUUGUUUAAUAUUUUUACUUUAUGUACCAAUGUUACCGAUAUUAAUGCAUUUUCCCAAAGAAGUGAAAUUGAUAAAACGAGAAUAUUUUAAUAUGUGGUAUGAUUUGAGUCCUUAUUAUUGUGCAUUGAUCAUAAUCAACAUACUUACACAGAUGUUAGUAUCAUCGAUAUAUUUAUCAAUAGUAUAUGUGAUAACAGAUCAACCUCUGGAAUUUUUUAGAUGCGCUAUGUUUUAUAGCACCGGUUUAAUAUGCUCGUUUAUAGCAGAAAGCAUAGCAUUAGCUAUAGCUAGCAUAUUGAACAUCGUGAAUGGCAUAUUUGUUGGGCCUGCAAUUUCUGUCCCCUUAAUGUUGGUUGCAGUACAAGGCAUUGGCGAAACAAAAACUUUACCUCUUUAUCGACAAUUGAUAAUGUAUCUAAGCUAUAUUCGCUAUGGUUUAGAAGGUCUUAUAAGUGCUUUAUAUGGUUAUAAUAGAGGAAAGUUAUAUUGUCCAGCUACAGAAAUGCUAUGUAUAUUCGGAACACCUCGACAACUUUUACAAAUAAUGCGUAUAGAUCAUGUGGCUUUUUGGAUUGAUUUUACUGCGUUAAUAGUUAUCUUUAUAUUUUUACAAAUUCUCACUUAUUAUUUACUCAGACAACGACUUAAACCGAACAAAAUGUUCCAAACACUUUUUCUGAUUAAAAUGGUAAUAAAAAACCAUUUUAACAUCGUCAAUUAAAACUUUUAAACUUAACAAUUUUAUUUUUUGUAAUAGAUUUAUUAUUUUUAAAAAUAUUAAUUUUGAAAAAGAGAAUAAUUGAUUUUUUACAAUUUAUCUCUGAAUAUGAUAAAAAUUAUAAUAAUAUAAAAUUCUUGAAGAAAAUCUAUUUCUUUGAAAUGAUAUGAAAUGUAAUGUAAUCAAGAAAGAUGUAUAUAUAUAUAUAUAUAUACAUAUAUAUGUAAGAUAUGUAGGAAAAUUUAAAAAAUGAUUUUAAAAUUAAAUACAAAAUUAGUAUGCAAAAAUUUAUUCUAGUAUUCUAUUGAAGUAUAUUUUUCAAAUUAUAAGUAAUUUAAUUUUGUACUAAAUCAAGAGAGAUAAGGAAUUACAUAGACUUGAUAAAAUAAAAAGAUAUAAACUUAUAUGGAUGAAUUGAAAUAGAGAGAUAUAAUUAUCUAUUUCUGCUAUCUCGUUUUAUCUUUGUUUUGCAAUUGCUUGUAAUUUAAUAAAAAAGUCUCAAUCAA